ACAAACACCAAAUUUUUUCACAAAUAUUUAUAAUUUUCAUGAUCAGUUUUUCUAUCCAUUUUUUAUUCGCAUUUCCUUUUUGUGAACUAUACUAACUGCAAAAUGGAUCAACUCUUCAGAAGUACUUAUCAUGAGUACCAUAAAAGUUACUUCUAUGACCUCUUAUGAAGUAUAAACAGUUAGGCAACUUUACUGUAUUGCAAACAGUAGAACUUUGCACCUGGAAGAGGAGGACACAAGCGUUUGGCCCAUACAUUCACAUGGGAAGGCUGGAAGAAACUCCUGGCUCCUGGCUGCAGACUUGCCCAGCUCUGAUCAUUGUUGCCAUCUGGGGAUUAAGAGUGGAUGGAAGAUUUUCUCUCUCUCUUCCUCUUUCUCCCUCUGUCUCUAUGUUAUGAAGACAGAUUCAUCCAGCAUGACUGACGUGGAGGCUGUGGUCAGCAAUUUUGCAAGUUCGGCGAGGGCGGGCCGCCGGAAUGCCUUACCAGACAUCCAGAGCUCAGCCGCCACAGCCGGUGGAUCGGAGCUGCCCGUGCAGCUGGCGGCCCUCUCUGUGAAGGAAGAUGUAAAGCAGAAAGAUGAAGAGACAACACCAGGCCAAUUGGAAAACUCCAAAAAGGAAGAAAAAUGAAGACUCAUAAUUUAUCAAGAAUACCGAAUGUACGCAGAGUAAAAGAUUUAAUGGUCGUGUUUUCCUGAGAUAUGCUGGUGGUAACUAUGGUAACGCUGAAGCCUUAGCAACAUGGGUGUACUGGAUAAUUUCGUUGCAAAGCUGCCUGCUUGGAUUCCAAUAACGAUGUCCAAUGUAGGCUCUUAGAAGGUAGAUUAACUGCCAAACUGCAUCCAAGAGAAAGGUUAAGAGUGAACGGUCACUUAAAUAUAUAGCAUUGUCUAUAUACUCAACAAAAUCAACUGUUGCUUUCUAGAGGUGUUUAGCUAGAUGCAUUUUUAAUUCAUUUACAUGGCUAUGGCCAAACCAUUUCUUGAUUGAUGUGAAUCAAACACCAUUAAUUUGAAAUGUUGUAGAAUUUGUAGGAAAUUAAGAUUUGGUGAGAAUGAUAGAAUAGUGAAAAAUCACAUGGGUAGCAUGUGUUUGUUUUUAGCCAUGCAUUUGAUUUUUCCUCUA